GUGUAACGUGAAGAAUAGAAAAAUAAAAAUGAAGACUUGGCUGUACGGGCUUUUGACCCCUUUGCCUGUCCAGAUGGACGAACAGAACCAAAAAAAAAAAUGUUUGUGACUGACAGCCGCUCAAACUUAAAAUUCUGAAUGUAGGUAUUGUUUAUGUGAUAGGUAGUAAGUACCUAGUUAUUAUUUAAAUCAAGAUUUCGUCUGAAGAGUCAAGUUAAAUCAAAUGCAAAAUGGGCGAAACCGGCGCAAAUAAUUUAUUUGAAUCACAAGCUAUUCUGGCGGACCACAAAGAUCUUAUUCAUGAUGUGGCCUACGAUUUUUAUGGUGAAAGAAUGGCUACAUGUUCCAGCGAUCAGUACGUCAAGGUUUGGGACUCGGAUGGUCAGGAUGGUUGGCGUCUCACAGCGAGUUGGAAAGCACACCAUGGCUCAGUCUGGAAAGUGACAUGGGCACAUCCAGAGUUUGGGCAAGUGCUUGCUACAUGUUCAUUUGACAGAACAGCUGCUAUUUGGGAAGAAGUAGGAGACAAUACAUCGGCCGGUGCUGAAAAAGGUCUCAGAACAUGGGUGAAGCGAUCAAACUUAGUUGACUCCCGAACUUCUGUAACUGAUGUGAAAUUUGGACCUAAACAUUUAGGGCUCUUGCUUGUCACCUGCUCAGCAGAUGGUAUAAUAAGGAUAUAUGAAGCUCCGGAUGUGAUGAACCUUGCGCAGUGGACUUUACAGCAUGAGAUACCAACAAAGGUGUCCAUCAGUUGUCUCUCAUGGAAUCCGUCUUUAUCUAGAGUCAACUCCAACCCGCCAAUGAUCGCCGUGGGCAGUGACGAGCCAAACAUAGCCGCCGCCAACACACAGAAUGACAAGACGUGCAAUGGAAAAGUGUUUAUAUACGAAUACAGCGAGUCGUCUCGUCGGUGGACGCGCACAGAAUGCCUCUCGUCCGUAGCGGAGCCUGUCAACGACCUCGCGUUCGCACCGAACCUGGGCCGCUCCUUCCAUCUUCUGGCAGUGGCCACGAGAGACGUCCGGAUCAUCAAGCUGGAACCCAUACCAGAGUCGAGCGGCGGCGGCAGUACCGGCGGCCGGUUCCGCAGCGAGGUGGUGGCAGCCUUCGAGGAACACAACUCGUGUGUGUGGCGCGUGUCAUGGAACGUGACCGGCACGCUCCUGGCGUCCUCGGGAGACGACUGCCGCGUGCGCCUGUGGAAGAUGCAGUACCUGAACGAGUGGCGCUGCGUGGCCGUGUUCGCCAGCGAGGCGGGCGGCGGAGAGUCUCCCGCGCGCUCCAAGCCGCACACGCCCUACACGCGGCUGGCGGCCAUCACCAACCCCACGCACAUGCCGCACCACUGACCACGGUACCAUUGAAUGCUUGGUGUUACACUAUCAUAAAAGAAGCCAAAUUUAUUUUGAUAAUUUCACUACUACACUCGUUAAUGACUUUGAGAAUAAUUCAAACAGAUACGGCAUUAAAGCGCGUUCAUGACAAUAUUUUUUUUUAAUCUUUCAAUGUUAUUGUAUUACUAUAAAAUGGUGGGAGGUGCUAGUUUUUAUAAAAAGAAAAGGUUAUAAAAACUCUUGAUCGAUAAUAGACUAUAAAGAAGUAAAAUCAGGCAGUUUGCCCAACGAAAGUUUCCAUAAACUUUUUUACCAAUAUUUAAAACGGACGCUUGAGGGUGAACCAUAGACUAAUAAUAUACUAGCGUAUAUACAAACAAAGUGCGAGAGAAGAACACCUCUAACGGAGAUAUAGCAAGAUAGAAAAGGUAAACGAAUCUAUGGUUCUCGAAUCGAAGCUGGCUCCUUAGUAUUUUUAACAUAAAAAAAACUACUAACUAAAGCAUACAUUGACAAAUCAAAUUUGUCCACACAUUAUCGGGCUAUCAGGUCGUCUAUACGCUAGUAUAUUGUAAGUCUAUGGGGGUGAUCAUAGAAUUUAAUGUUAACCCGUUCCCAUAACAUUUAAUUUGUGCAUAAAAAAAUAAGUACACAUCUUAGAGGCAAACCGUUGCUGUUUUUUAACUUUCCUUAUAUGUUGUGAUUUGAAAGUCCAUGAAACGAAAAAGCGAGACAAAUGAGACACACAUAUAAAUUCAUAAGAUUUAACGUGGGAGUAUACCUAAUAAUUAUUACUAAUGUCAUGCGCACGUCGUAUAGUAUAUAGACACCAGGAAAACUUAAAUAUGGUAGCGGUGAUAGUAAUGUCUUUCAUAGCGGUUGAAAUCAUGUGUCAUCCUAGUAAGAUGUAAUAGAACUUCGUAUGCAGUUUAGAGGUUCAUGCACAAUGCUGGUUUGACUUUUGAUAUGUGUACUUUAUACGCACGCAAAUCUUUUUAUAUAAACCAGCUAGCUACUCAUAAGUAUGAGCGAGCAUUUUGUGUCAUUUUAAAUAUAAACCCGAGAGAGAUUUCACCUUCGCACGACACGCCACAAGUUACGAUAUCAUCCCCACCAUCUGGAUGUGUGGCGGUCCUCCACAGUGCGGUUUUCAAGGAGCUUUCUUCCUCGUACCACGAAGCUGUGGAAUGAGGUUCCUUGUGCGGUGUUUCCGGGACGAUAUGACAUGGGUACCUUCAAGAAAAGCGCGUACACCUUCCAAAGGCCGGCAACGCUCUUGUGAUUCCUCUGUUGCAGGAGAGUGUGGGCGACGUUGAUCACUUAACACCAGGUGACCCGUACGCUCGUAUGCCCUCCUAUUCCAUAAAAAAAAGAGUAAUGUCUGGGUUAUCGUGGAUAUUGUAUGUACGAGAUUUAUUACGAGCUCAGGCUUAUGUAAAGGUGUGUGUUGUUGUACGUUCUAAUGUAUGUAUGUUCUAAUAUUUUAAGAAUUAUCUAUUUGUCCUUCUGCUUUGGUUACUAGUGUAUGAUAUUGUGAUAUUAUAUUUUAGUGGAGAUAUUAAUUUCAUAAUAACAAACGAGUCAGAUAGUUGUUAGGUCGUCACUGUACUUAUUGAUGCAAACAUGGCGAGUCUGUGAAUUAUUGUAGCCUACUUGAUGCGCAUGCCAUCUUAUUGGUAAAUACUCAAAGGUUAAAUUAAUUUUUAUAAAUGAUUGUAAUAACAAAAUAUACAGUUGCAAAUUGUUA